CGUCUUAAAAGGGCGGGCUAAUGUGGGGCCCACCCGGCAGCGGGGCGGUUCCGGGGCGGCGGCGGCUCCGGCGCAUGGCGGCGCUUCCGCUGGGGGCGGCGCGGCGGCACCAUGAACUACAUGCCCGGCACGGCCAGCCUCAUCCAGGACAUCGACAAGAAGCACCUGGUCCUGCUGCGGGACGGCCGGACGCUCAUCGGGUACCUGCGCAGCAUCGACCAGUUCGCAAACUUGGUGUUGCACCAGACGGUGGAGCGCAUCCACGUGGGCAAGAAGUAUGGGGACAUCCCUCGAGGCAUCUUUGUUGUGAGAGGCGAGAAUGUCGUUCUGCUGGGGGAAAUAGACCUGGAGAAGGAGAGCGACACGCCUCUGCAGCAGGUGUCCAUCGAGGAGAUCCUGGAGGAGCAGCGUGUGGAGCAGCAGGCCAAGCAGGAGUCGGAGAAGCUCAAGGUGCAGGCGCUGAAGGAGCGGGGCCUCUGCGUCCCCCGGGCGGACACCCUGGACGAGUACUAGACGUGCCGCCGCUCGGACCCUUCCCCCGCGGCAGAGCGAGGGGUGCGCUGUGACCCGCCGUGUGCGGGGGGAUCUCCUCGGGAAGGCGGUUUUUAUUUUCAGGUUGUGUUUUCUGUGGCACAGAUAACUGUAAAACAAAAAUCACGCCAUCGGUUUCUCCUUGUGGAGGAGGAGAGAAGGCGUCGGGCCGCCCUUCGAGGCGGGCAGGGGCACUGGGGAGCACCAGUGGUUUUGUUCAGGAGGCAAAUAGCUUGGUCCUCUGGGUUUGUUUGCGUUUUCCUCCUCUCAUGACUCUGGGCAAGAGUUUUCCUUGAUGUGUAAAUAAAUCCUUGAUCUCACCAA